AUGGAAAUGGGUUUCCUAUCAAAGGAGUCUGAUGUGUACUCUUUUGGAGUAGUGUUGUUUGAAAUUUUGUGUGGGAGAUUAUGCUAUGAGUAUCAUAAUCAUGAGUUGACUAAAAUUUUAGUGCCAGAGUGGAGACGUUGCUACGAUGAAAAUAGGUUAGAUGAGAUUAUUCUUCCUGGUCUGAAAGAACAAAUGCAUCCAGGUUCUUUGAAAUCAUUUUCGGCCAUUGCCUACCAAUGUGUGAUGAGAGAUCAUGAAGAGCGGCCGACAAUGGGUGAGGUCGUAGAAGAACUUGAGUUUUCACUCGAACAACAAAUGAUACAUAUUCGGUUUAGUAUGAUAACUUAUGUAAUUUGGGGUGAUAAGCGGGCAAUUCAAAUAACUGCCGGAACAGUUAUUCCCGCCUAA